UGUAAGCAGCGCCAAGCGUAGGAGAACAAGAGAAGAUCUCUGCGAUCCCGUUUCAUCGAUCGGAGCUCGUAGGUUCGCAGGCGAAAGAGGAAGAAAGAGAAGCUGAGAGUAUGAUACUGGCGGUGCUGUUUGCGAACGUUGAGGGAAAUAUCCUCAUCGAACGUUUUCAUGGUGUUCCUGCAGAGGAGCGGCUACACUGGCGUUCCUUCUUGGUUAAAUUAGGAGCUGACAAUCUCAAGGGUGCCAAAAAUGAAGAGCUCCUCGUUGCUUGCCACAAGUCAGUUUAUAUUGUGUACACAGUUCUAGGGGAUGUCAGCAUAUAUGUUGUGGGCAAGGACGAGUAUGAUGAACUUGCUUGUAUGUAUCCAGUUAACUGUAUUUUAUGCUUGAUGAUGAUAUGCUCACAUGUUUUGAAAUUGAAGCACUGGCUUGGAGGUCCUAGAUUCAUAACCUUUUGUUCUUUUGAGAUGAUUAAGGAGAUUUUUGGAGAAAGUGGUGGGAGAGACUUGCCCCUUUUCUGUCUUGUAAUAGAUACCGGCAACCAAUACACAAAAAUAUUUUGAAACUAGAUCUUUUCUUACUAAUAUUUCUUUUCCUAGCAUGACUUUUUGAAGAAUAAAACAAGGAAAAUUCGAAAUCAAUCGGACUGAUGAGAUAUAGAACUCACAAUCUCAACUUAUUGGGAACUGUUGUCUACCUACCGAGAAAGGGAAAAUAUCUUAUUAAUAUUUAAGAAAAGCAGGUUAUUUUGUUUAUAAAUAUUUCAUGGCAUCAUCAAUUUCAACAAUGUCAAGCAUAUUGUUGUUAUUUUUCUAGGGUCUGCAAAAGGUACAUUAUUAGCAUUUU